GAGGUCAGGCUCUGGGAGGAAGAGAGACAGACUCUACAGAGUAAUAAGCGUGAUAGAACAGGCUCUCUGAGUUUAGGACUCAUCACUUGACAAAAGGUGGAAAAAUCCUCUGCUGCACAUGAUUGAAUUUACAAGAGGAAAGCUUUGGCUGUUUGUUGCUUCUGCUUGAUUGGACAAUUAAGGACAUCAUCACAAUUGGACAGUUUACCUUGCUGUCUCUACAGACAGAGGACUGAUUCUGACAGCAGGUGAAGGAAAUAAUAUGAAGACAAAGUAACGGACAAAUAGAGGGAAAUGUGGAAUGACUCUGACUGGUGAGGACUUGCAGUCACACUUGCCAGGAAGGCAAAGUAAAUAAAGACACGGAGACAAGUGGAGAAAUCAUCUUGGUUGCUGUGCAGCAGGACUGCGCUAUGAUUCUGCCUGUAGUGGUUUUGUUGGUGCUCCUGUUGCUCUCUGGACCAGAGUCAUCUCUCCAGGGAGACACCAAGGAGAUCGGGAGCAGUGAUAGGAUCCUGGAGAGAGAAUUCAUCUACGCACCGCGUCAAAAACGUUCUGUGGUCGACCACAGUGCCUCCCAAACGGACAAAUGCUCCUACACCUUUAUUGUGCCUCAGCAGAAGAAUACCGGGGCCAUCUGUGUGAACUCCAAGGAGCCCGAAGCCCUGCUGGAGAAUCGGGUCAAUAAGCAGGAGCUGGAGCUGCUUAACAGUGAGCUGCAGAAGCAGCGACGGCAGAUUGAGGCACUGCAGCAGUUGGUAGAAGUAGAUGGGGGUGUGGUCAAUGAAGUCAAGCUACUGCGAAAAGAGAGCCGCAACAUGAACUCCCGUGUUACGCAGCUCUACAUGCAGCUGUUGCAUGAGAUUAUCCGCAAACGGGACAAUGCUCUAGAGGUGUCACAGCUGGAGACCCGUGUGCUGAACCAUACAAAUGAGAUGGGGAGGCUAGCUUCACGCUACCGCGACCUGGAACAUAAGUAUCAGCAUCUGUCAGCACUCGCAAGCAACCAGAGCGCUCUGCUGGUGCAGCUGGAGGAGCACUGCAAGCGGGGAGGAUAUUCAUAUGGUGUGGUGCAGGAGAGGAUCCGUCCUGUCCGUCCACAGCCUCCAGUGAUUGCUCAGCCUCCCCUACAAAGGCCUGUAUUGUCUCCUGGAGGCUACAGACCCUUCCAUCCGCCCACCUACACCCGCCACACCAACAACCCCAUGACUAAUGAGAUACAGAAUGACCAGAACUCCAAAGAAUUGCCACCUCCUCUGCCCACAAUGCCAAGUGCUACAUACAGCUUCACAAAUGAGCCCUCUGGUCCAUCCAAAGACUGUCUGGGGGCUCUGGAGAGCGGAUACACUACCAGUGGCAUGUACCUCCUGAAACCAGACAACAGCAACCACCUCAUGCAGGUUUGGUGUGACCAGAGACACGACCCUGGUGGCUGGACUGUCAUCCAGAGACGUCAGGAUGGCUCUGUCAACUUUUUUAGAAACUGGGAGACGUACAAGCAAGGGUUUGGAAACAUUGAUGGUGAAUACUGGUUAGGCCUAGAGAACAUCUACUGGCUGACUAACCAGGGCAUCUACAAGCUGCUGGUGACCCUGGAAGACUGGACUGGACGCAAGACCUUUGCAGAGUAUGCCAGCUUCCGCAUCGAGUCUGAGGCCGACUUCUACAGGCUGCGGGUGGGCCGAUACCAUGGCAACGCUGGAGACUCUCUUACCUGGCACAAUGGCAAGCAGUUUACCACACUGGAUAGAGACCAUGAUGUCUACACAGGUAACUGUGCCCACUACCAGAAGGGAGGAUGGUGGUAUAAUGCCUGUGCUCAUUCCAACCUGAACGGCGUGUGGUACCGUGGUGGGCAUUACCGCAGCCGCUACCAGGACGGCGUCUACUGGGCCGAGUUCAGGGGAGGGGCUUAUUCUCUGAAGAAAGUGACCAUGAUGAUAAGACCCAAUGCAAACACCUUCCAUUAACACUUCAGAACAGAUUUUCCUGGACAAGCAAUUCCUCCAAAGGGAUUCCACUUCUAUAUCACAAAAACAGGCAUCCUUGAUUUGAACUUCGCACACAGUCUUCGCUUUUUUCUGUUGGCUGCUUUACAUUCUUAAUGUCUCUUCAAAUUGUGCUUUUUAAAAUUUUAUUCCCUCUACAGGUUUAGGUUUUACUUAUCUUGUAGGACUUAUAAAGCAUCAUUGCGCACAAAUCAACACAAUCACACAGAAAUACAUUAAGUGGCUGUAACACCUUAUCCCUGUCUCUUUCUCUGUGUGCUUUUGUUGAUUUGUUUAUUUUGUUGGUGUGCACAACUUCAAUAAGUAAAAUAUAGUACAAAACUUACAGCAAGAUUGUUUUGAUAUGUACAGAGUAAAAAUCCACAUUGCUUUCAUUCUAUAUCACUGUAAAAUAUCAACACAAGAAUGUAUAUCCAGAGAUCAGAACUGCCAACUGGCAAUAAACUCUUGCUUCAUGUUACCAUUGGUGCUUAUAUGUAUAAUAUAGACUGAGACCAGUUCUAAAGGAGAGAAAUCCAGCUAUUUAUUUUGAUACAAUUUUCUGGAAGAUUUUCAGUAAAUCUGUCUAAUUUGUAACCAUCAUUUCCUUUCUAACUCUUUUGCUUCUUAAUUUCUUCUAAUAUUUGGAUAUGAUCAUAGUUUUGGAUCAAAGGUCAACUGACUGCUAAGUACUGUAUGUGACCAAAAUACAAAGUUUAACAGGUCAACUUUUCUUGAAUCUAAACAACAGAGACUGUAGACUAAACAGCUAUCACUGAAUACACUAAGCUAUUCUAUAAUGCUUGUUGUGUCUUUAUAGUGAGAUUAGAAGUUGCAAGACAAACCGUUGUUGUGGCCACUAAUGGUGCAGAAACAGCCCUUUCUUCUCAUAUCCUGAUCAACCAUUGAUACUGUUCAAAUGUAUCAAAUUACUGUGCAUUUAUGUGUUUUUGAAGGAUGAUGCUAAUGUUUUGGUACUGAAGAUUCUGAUACUCAAUAUUUUGUGCCACUACUCAUUAACUUUACUGUAUUUAACCAUUUUAUGCUCAGAAAAGUAUCCGUGUUUACAUAGAUCUUCCAUUCUAUACACAGAUAGCAGAUAGCCUGGCUCAAAGUUCAAAAAUGCACCCCACACAUCUAAAGAUCUCUGAUUAACCCAGCACAUCUUGUUUCUUUAAUUCUUACAUAAAAAGAAAUGUAAAAUCACCAAUUUGAGGUUUAAAGGAGAGUUAGGUGCUGGAACUAUUUUUUGGUGACCAACAGCAAAGCACAGUGCCAGUUUGUUGCAUCAGAGUCUUGUUGUCACGGUGAGGUUACCAUGUUUGGUACCAUUGUGUCUGUGCAGAGACAAAAAAAACAAACUGACAACCCGUGCUGUAGCUGGAACACAGAAGUACUGGGCAAAUGGAUUGUUGUUAGCCAAUUGUUGUUAGCCAAUAAAAGCCAAUAAAAAAAAGUUCAAACACAUAACUCUGCCUAAAAC